AUGUCGGACAGACCCAUCACCUCGUUGCCCGGGUACCCGCAUUUCUAUGCCAUCUCUAUCAACAAUUAUAUUCGCGACAGUCAUAGACCCAAGCCAGAGAAACCCAGCAACAGUCAUCUUCAGAGAUUACCAUACACCACUGAGGGCCUGGCUCAGCUAGACGGACUCAACGAGAACCCACGCCAAGUAUAUCCAGACCGUCAGCGGCCAAUACCAACAACACGGGGGCAAGCGUGGAUAUCCCACAAGCCUCUCAAGUCAAGCUCGCUUUCACCGUCAUGUACUCGUGUUUCAAAUAAUCCCCGAGACUUCUCCACGACGGUACAGGAAAUGGAAAGACCCGAAUGGAGCAGCUGCGACAGGCAUGCAGACGGCGCGGCGGGCGUCUCGGAGCCAGAUCCCGGAGGCCAGAGUGAGGAGAUGGCUCAGCAGGCGCUGAUCGACAGCAUACUCCUCAUGCUGAAGGACCUGCAGCCGGAUUACCUGACGGGAAAGAGGCCCCGGCUAUCGCCCAGGGUUUGA